AUGACUGUCUCCAAAGACAAUAGCGACAAGGACUUUGAGUUCGCCCAUUAUGGGUUGAUCCGAGUCCCCCAGGAUCCCUUCAUUACUUCCAGCACCGACAGCAAGGCGGUUGUCUGGAAUUGUGACGCUUACGAUUUCCUCCAGGAGGAUUGCGCCGACACUGCCAAUCCAUCCCUCUGGCGGCAAGGACAGCUCUGCAGCGUGACAGCGGGUCUGUACCAGGUUGUCAGUGGAAUUUUUCAAGUGCGUGGGUUUGACCUGGCUAACAUGAGCAUUGUUCAAAUUCCAAAUACAAACGGAAUUAUUAUUAUCGACUGUUUGACUAGCGUGGAAACCGCGAAAAGUGCGCUUGAUCUCUAUCAGGGCUAUCACCAGGAUGCCUACGGUCAGAAAGCGGACAUCAAGGCCCUAUUCUAUACCCAUUGCCAUGUGGACCAUUUUGGCGGUGCCCAGGCAAUUGUCGACCAAGCGAGACCCAACCUCCCAAUCAUUGGCCCUGAUGGCUUCCUCGAACAUGCCGUCAGUGAGAAUGUAUACGGGGGGGCGGCAAUGGCUCGCCGAUCCAUAUACAUGUAUGGAGAAGCGCUCGAGAAAUCUCCCACAGGACAGAUUGGCUGUGGGCUCGGGCAGGCGCCAUCCACGGGCACCAGCUCACUGGUGGCACCGACGUACAAUAUCACCAAGGAUGGCCCUCUCCCUGAGCAUAUUGCUAUUGCUGGCCUUGAGAUCAUCUGCCAACUGACCCCUGGAACCGAAGCCCCCGCGGAGGUAAACUUUUUCUUCCCCUCGUACCGGGCGCUGUGCAUGGCGGAGAAUGCAACCCAUACCCUGCAUAAUAUCCAAACUCUGCGGGGUGCCCCUGUUCGGGACGCUCGCCUAUGGUCUCGAUACCUGGAUAAGUCGAUUGCGCUGUUUGGCCACCAGUCAGAUGUGGUCUUCUCCAGCCACCACUGGCCCACCUGGAAUGUAGCGUAUUAUAAGCCCGAUGAUCCGAAUACAGAAGACCAGAAGCUAGUCGUCCAGUUUCUCUCAGAGCAGCGGGAUUACUACGCCUACCUGCACAAUGAAACCCUUCGGCAGCUUAAUGACGGCAAGACCCCCGUGGAAAUCGCAGAGGAGAUCCUGAUGCCUCCCCAGUUGCAGGACAAGACCAAUCUCCGUGGGUAUUACGGCUCCAUCAACCACAAUGUCAAAGCCGUCUACGAUAAAUACAUGGGUUGGUUUGAUGGGAACCCUGCCUAUCUGUGGCCCCUGGCCCCGGUCGACGAGGCCAAAGAGUUUGUCCAAUGCAUGGGAGGGCCUGAGAAGGUUCUCCAACUCGCUCAGCAAUACCGCGCCAGCAAGAAUCUUCGAUUUGCCGCUACACUCUUGGACAAGCUAGUCUUUGCGGAUGCCAGUAACCAGGACGCAAAGGAUGAAUUGGCAUCUGUCUACACUGAUCUGGGCUAUGGUGCCGAGAAUGGCACCUGGCGGAAUAUUUAUCUGACGGGUGCGUAUGAGUUGCAACACGGGUCUCAGAGGGCAAUAAAUGCCAUGUCACAGCAGUCCCUGAUGGCUCUUAAUCUUGACGAGCUUUUUGACACGAUUGCCAUCCGGAUUAUUGGACCAGAGGCCUUCAAGCAGGCGGAUGAGAUCACCAUUGAUUUUAUGGUGGCCAAGAUGCAGCAAGGCUCAGACCCCAGCAUUGGCUGGCAUUUAAGGUUGAGUAACGGCGCUCUGACUGGACAUAGUAUUCCAUACUUAGUUUAUCCCAACCAGCGAAACAGCAGGGUGACCCUGACAGUCUGGCUGGAACAUCAGGAUCUAGUGAACCUGGUGGGAGCGGCGGCCUCUGCAAACACCUCUGAUAUUACACAGUACAAGACUGUUGGCAACACCCAAGUUUGGCAGACAAUUACGUCCUUGGUCAAAGUUCCCAACGAUAGAUUCAAUAUUGUCACGCCUUAG